CAGGGCUGGGUUCCGUGAGAGAGGCGAAGAGGAAUAGCAUCUACUCGGAAGGGACAAAAACAAAUAAGUAUACCAAACAGCGAGUCGAGCAAGUACAUUCAAACGAAAAUUGAAAAGCACCAGUGAGCAUUUAUUUCCCUUCCGAGAUCGUCAUCGAACGCCGCAAACAUGAAUGAUCAGCAGCUGGAUUGUGCUCUGGACCUGAUGAGGCGUCUGCCUCCCCAGCAGAUUGAGAAGAAUCUUAGUGACCUCAUUGAUCUGGUGCCCAGUCUGUGUGAGGACUUGCUUUCCUCUGUGGAUCAGCCUCUGAAGAUUGCCCGGGACAAGGUGGUGGGAAAAGACUACCUGCUCUGUGAUUAUAACCGCGAUGGCGACUCCUACAGAUCUCCCUGGAGUAAUAAGUACGAGCCCCCCAUUGAUGAUGGUGCCAUGCCUUCUGCCCGCCUUCGCAAACUGGAGGUGGAGGCAAACAAUGCCUUUGACCAGUACAGAGACCUGUACUUUGAGGGGGGCGUUUCUUCCGUGUACCUCUGGGACUUGGAUCACGGGUUUGCCGGCGUCAUCCUCAUCAAAAAAGCCGGAGAUGGCUCAAAGAAAAUUAAGGGAUGCUGGGAUUCUAUUCAUGUGGUGGAAGUGCAGGAGAAAUCGAGUGGACGCACGGCCCACUACAAACUCACCUCUACUGUGAUGCUGUGGCUCCAGACAACCAAAACCGGCUCUGGUACCAUGAACCUGGGCGGUAGUCUUACCAGACAGAUGGAGAAAGAUGAAACAGUUGGAGAGUCUUCCCCUCACAUUGCCAACAUCGGUCGCCUGGUGGAGGACAUGGAAAACAAGAUCCGCUCCACGCUGAACGAGAUCUACUUUGGCAAGACCAAGGACAUCGUUAAUGGCCUGAGGAGCGUUCAGACCUUGGCUGACAAGUCGAAGCAGGAGGCUCUGAAAAAUGACCUGAUGGAUGCGCUCAAAAACCGCAAACAGCAUAGUUAGAGAUGCUAUUGUUCUUUUCUCUCUCUCUCUCUCUCUCUC